AUAAAUCAGGUUUUAUAACGAGUAUAUUAUAUAUACAUAAUGGUAUAUUUCUCAAGCACUGUAAUGUCGGAAUGAGCGUGGUGAAUAUAUGAGAAAACGAGUAUAGAGAGAUAUAGUUUUCGUAUGAAAAGUAGUCAAGUUAUCUCCUUCUGAUGUUGGCUGGUUAGCGACAGAAAGUCUACACACGAAGGCAGUCUCAGUCCAGCAGUGAACUUCCAGCGAUAAUCUGUCUCGCGUAAUUAAUAAAAAGUGUCGUGUGGGUGCAUUUCCUAAUUUACGUGUGUCCGCCGUUAUUUCUUAUAUUCUUGGUACUAUUUGGGAUCCCUUGUGUGAUAUGACCACCGCAGCGUGGUCGGCCCGUACCCGCUUUUCCACCAGAUCCCUGCAAAUUCUUGCAGGAUUCCUCUUGAAAUGUAGUGUGAUUCUGUUAUAAAGUGAACGAGGUGUGCUGUUGUUGUUCUUAUCCGACGGACAAGCUCCAUUCUCCACCACCAACGAACCACAAUCACGGACCGCUUCUCUUAAGGAUCUCGUUGCGAGGAUGCAGGUGAUGAACGUUUGCACGAUGACGGUGCUCGCUGUCGUACUGGUCGAGAUGUCCUGGUGGACGUCGGCCUCAGAAGUGCCGAAACAAUUUGAGGACAAUCUAAUGUCCAUUCUAGGACUCCACAGGGGACCAAAGAUUGACCGCAGCAAGGUUAUGAUUCCCAAAGUGAUGGUCGAUCUCUACGAGAGGCAGACUGGUCAAAAACUUGACACCACGUCCAUCCUGAAACCUGGAGUACACACUCACACUGCGAACACGAUGCGAAGCUUCACACAUAUAGAAAGUCCAAUCGAUGCUCGUUUUCGUGGACAUCACAAGUUUCGUUUGAAGUUCGACGUGACUAACAUACCAGAAGGAGAGCUCUUGAAAGCAGCUGAACUCACUCUCAACAGGGACGUGGUGAAUUGGUUGGCGCAUGAAGACCAAGACGACUUCUACCAGCAGGUUCUAGUAUAUGAUAUAAGGAAAGUGGGCAUCAAAGGGAAACAACGUCCGACGAAAAGAUUGAUCGACUCAAAACCGGUGGACAUUAGAUUGAACAAGACCCUGAGUUUGGAUGUGUUGACCGCAGUGCGUAGAUGGAUGGCGACGCCGAAGAGUAACAACGGAUUGCUGGUGGAGAUCACUGGACACGGGAAGAAAAAACCUUCGAAACAUGUGAGAUUGCGCAGAGAUACGGGGGAGAACAACAGUAGUUGGUCCGGGAAGCAACCGUUGCUCUUCACAUACACGGACGACGGACGUGAUAAACAUGUGGUUGGAGAAGCGUUGGCAGCGAAGAGGGCACGGAGGGCAUCCAACAGGAAGAAGAAGGGUAAAAAGGAGACGCGCGAAAACUGCAGGAGGCUCUCGAUGUACAUGGACUUCGCAGCCGUCGGUUGGAACAAUUGGAUCGUAGCACCGCAAGGUUACGAUGCGUUUUAUUGCCACGGGGAAUGCAGUUUCCCUCUGGCAGAGCACCUUAAUACGACGAACCACGCAAUUGUGCAGUCCCUCGUCCAUUCCGUGAACCCCCGCAAGGUUCCCAAACCGUGCUGCGUUCCAACGCAGUUGAGCGCCAUUUCCAUGCUCUACUUGGACGACGAGAACAAAGUGGUGCUGAAGAACUACAGGGAAAUGGCAGUCGUCGGCUGCGGGUGUCGGUAGUGCACAGUUUAUUUAUUCCGCGUCUGUGAUCUGACUUUUUAAGGAGGCUACUGUAGUUUAAGGAUUGAUCCCCGCGCGGCUCAACGAUGCAAACAAAAGCAACCCUCCAGUUGAGAUGAAAAGUGCAUACUUGAUUAUAAUACAAUAAUGUAUGUAAAAAAAAGAGCAACAAGAAAAGAAAAGAAAAAACAAUUAAAUUAUUCCUAAAUUAUUGUGGUGAUGUGUUUUAAAUAUCGGAGCCGCCGACCCAGUGUAAUAUUAUUUUUUUUUAUA